AUGGCUUCCAACGCCCCCAUGGAGAUCGCCUCAGCGAUCCAGUCGGCGUCCAUAAACCGCCACCCGGACCCCGCGCACGACAUCAAUCCCUCGACCGCCGCGAGCCAGAAGCAGCCCGUUACGAUAUCCUCCUCGCCCGCCGCAUCAGACGUCGCGGAAGAUGAGAUCCCCGUGUCGAUACUCAAUCCCGUGCCGAGGCGGGCGGCGAUGCCGCCGUUGCCGGACAUGCGGUUCGAGCAGAGCUAUUUGAAGCGGAUUGAGAAGGCGGAGAGCUGGCAGGGCGUGCUGUGGAUAACGUUUAGAGACGAGGUUGUGUUCGCUCUAGGACAAGGCAUGCUGUGGACCCUCGCGCUGUCCGGAUGGAAGCACUGGAAUCGCUCGGCCAAGUUCAGUGGUCGUAGCGUAGGCACGCGCCUUCGGAGGUGGUGGUGGGGGGUCAACAACUGGGAAGUGCCGAAGGAGCGGGGCUUGAAUGACACGAAGCUUGCGGCAGAAGUGAAGGAGGUGAGUAGGAGCUUCACGAAGUUCUACCAAGGAGAGUUCUCUAGUGCAGCUCAGGAUUGA